AUGAAUUGUAUAGAAGCUAAAACAGAUUUUUGUUUUCAUAACAAUUAUAAUAAUAUCCCUCCUAAUAAAUGUUAUGAUGAUAAUAACAGAAAAACUAAUGAAUAUGGUUAUUAUCCCGGUUUUUAUGUGCAAAAUAAAUUAAAAUCUGAAAUGUUAAAUACAAAUAAUCGUUUGAAUUAUAAUGAAAAAAUAAAGGGGAAAAAAAUAGGGUCCUACCCCGAUUAUGCAUAUACCCACCAUAAUAUAAAACCUUUUUAUCUAAAUAUGCCUGAUCCUAAUAAGUAUAUACUACAUAAUGAUAAAUAUAGAAAUACAUUAAAUCCUGAAUAUCCGUUUUCACUUAACUAUAAGGAAACUAAUAUAAACAGAAAUAGAUCCCCGUUUCAAUUUGAUCAUAUUAGAAGAAAUAGAAAUGAAUGUUGUAAAAAUAAUAAAAUCGAAACACCAGAUAAAUGCUGUAAAAUAGUGUGUGAGAAUAAAAAAAAUGAUUACUAUGAUCCGUCUGAUAAUAAUUGUAAUAUAUCAGAAAGUGAUAAUGAGAAUAACACUAUAAUAAAUAUUACAACUAUGAAUGGAAUGGAUGAAAUCGAUUACAAUAGAAGUGAUUAUAGUGAAGAAAAUCAUAGUGAAUGUAGUGAAUCCUCUGCUUAUAGUUUGAAAAAAACGAGAAAACCUAAAAAAUUGUUUAUGGGUAAAUAUUUUUUUUCAGAAAUAAAAGAUAGCUUUUCACCAUGUUGGAUUAGUAAUAGGAUGCAUAACCAAGUUUCCAACGAUUCAAAUUAUUCGAAUUUUUAUAAUGGGACAAGACGUUUAAAGGGUGAUGGCCAAGGAAAGCCAGAAAUUAUAGUUCGAUUUCCAUGA